AUGUCCACGGAUGCAACUGCGAAGGCUGAAUUAUUGCUGGCCGAGCAGGCCAUGUAUGGCCCAUUCUUCGGAACUCUCGGAGUUACCGCAGCCAUGAUUUUCACAGCAGCUGGAUCAGCCUAUGGAACUGCUAAGUCCGGAACUGGAAUUGCCUCUAUGGCCGUUGCUAGACCAGAACUUGUAAUGAAAGCCAUCAUCCCAGUAGUUAUGGCUGGUAUCGUCGCCAUUUACGGUUUAGUCGUAGCCGUUAUUGUAUCCGGAAAAAUUGCUCCCGGAGGCCCUGACUACACCAUUAACUCCGGUUUCUCACAAUUCGCUGGUGGACUUGUGUGCGGCCUUUGCGGACUGGGAGCAGGAUACGCCAUUGGUAUUGCUGGAGACGCGGGAGUGAGAGCCCUCUCACAACAGCCGCGAAUUUUCGUCGGAAUGAUUCUCAUGCUAAUUUUUGCCGAAGUUUUGGGUCUCUACGGAAUGAUUGUAGCCCUUAUCUUGGGAGCCACAUAA